UUUAUGUAAAUCCGUUUUUGGGAGGUAGGUAAUCGAUCUCUUCUUUGUCUUUCGUCUUAGUGGGGAUCUAAAGAAAAACACUGCAUAUAAAUAUCAAACCAGUUAUCUUCCUGAUUAUACGUAUUUGUUUCCGAAAGAAAUACUAACUAUGGAGAUACGUAUAGUUGUUUUUCUCAUGGCGGCCGGCCUCGCGUAUGGCAGUGUGAUUUAUAGUUCCAAUUUAAAUAGUGCGCUCGUUAAUUUUAAACAACUUGGUGGUAACUUUGCGUACAGCAGUUUUGAAUUUCCAACGUAUUUGGGCCCAACAGUUCUUCGUCAAGUAAUCGGGCAAUACCCAUUUUAUCCUCCUCAGCAAGUUUUAUACCCCGGCUAUCCGAUCUUUACUUAUCCCGGUCUUCCUAUUCAAGGUCCCGUGUCUCCUCCUUUUAUAACACAACAAAAACCACCCUCUUCGGGAUCGCCAUCACAAGUCAUCAUUGAUGAAGAUACUGUCGCAAUUGAUUCUGCGUAGAGUGUUUAUGGAUCAUUUGUAAACCCAAUGCUUUUAAAUAAAGUGAGUUAACUUUA